AUCGGGUUUUUACCAGCAGUAUUAUAAAUAUGUUUGUUUUCCAGCUGAUGUCGGGGUUUCUGCUCCUCCACCUGGUGACGAGUUCAGGCUUUGGAAAGCACUCGAUGUGGAUGUUGGCCACCUACAUUUCAGGACCAACCCAGUUCCCAGAGUUCUCCGGGGUUCUGAUGCUGGAUGACGUCCAGGUGGGGUACUAUGACUCAGAGACCAACAGAGUGAUGAAGGUUGGUGCUGGAGGUGAGAGAGGGGAGGAGCUUGACCUGGGACAGGUAGCCUUGGGUGUGGUGCUGCAGAGUAUAAUGGAGAUGAAGAGGAGGUUGGGCAUAGUCAAAAAACAGCUGAACCUGACCUCUCCAGGCGUCUACGUUCAACAGAGGAUGGUGGCUUGUGAGGUCCAAGAAGACGGUCAGCAUGAUUUCAUCACGUUCAGGGAUGGAGCAAAUGGUCAUGAUGCCGACAGCAUCCUUUACAACACGACUCACUUCCUGUACGGCGGUGGUGACGGUUGGGAUUUCCAGUUGGACACCAUGAAGCAGAGUCAGAUGCAGAUGUUCUUCUCAGAGGUCUACCUGCCCUUCUGCGUCCAGAUUCUGCGACGCCUGCUGGAGAGCAACAAGCACCUGGUGAUGCGUCGUGUUCGACCUCGACUACGCCUCCUAUCACAGCCGGGGGGGGGCGGGGCCCAGAUCACCUGUCUGGCCACAGACUUCUACCCUCGCCACAUCAACCUGACGCUGCUGCGGGACGGUGAACCCGUGGACGAGGACCAAAUGACCGUUGGCUCGGUGCUGCCCAACGGCAACGGUCUCUACCAGCUGAGGAAGACGCUGAUGGUGGAUGAAGAGGAGCUGCAGAGGAAGCACAAGUACACCUGUGCAGCGUCUCACCUGAGUCUGGACAACCGGCUGGACGUGAGCUGGAGGGUGGAGUCUUUCCACUCAUUCAGAGUCCACGUCAUCUCCGCUCCCGUCGUUCUGCUGGUUGUCGUCAUCCUGCUGCUGGUGCUGAUGAUGAAGAUGAGGAAGAGGUCAGGGUCAGAGAGCAUCUCCAUGGAAACACAGGAGAGUCCCGGAGCCAGCACUGAUGAGGGAUCGGAGCCAGGGGUGGAGGACCGGGACGUGACGACCUAAACAAAGCAGAUUUCAUCCAAAUAGUGCAACACUGCGAUAACCUUGUGCAAUAUUUUCAUAACAGAUAUUGUGGGGUACAGAAAACAUUUAUCACAUUACAUUAUACUACUAUUAUAUAACUAUAGCAUUCUGAGUCAAUUAUAUAUUGCAAUUAUCACUUUACUAUUAUACGAUCUGUCUUUUUGGCUUUUGUAUAACUUAUAUAUUUAAUUGUUAUUAGGGUCGUCCCGAUCAGAAUUUUUUAGCUCCCGAUCAC